AGUGGUUGGUGAUCUCGAUUCCCAGCGCUUGAUGUCAUACCAGCGUCUAUCGUGCCGACUCCAGCGACAACAUGGAAAUACACGUGCACUGCAGCAUGUUCUGGCCUGAAUCCUAGGCGCCAGGCCUCAACCUCUUCUCCUCUCCCUCUUAAGUUGAACUCUAACCACAGUCCCACUCAUUCCGCCUACCCUCAGCCUUCUCCUACCAUUCAUUCUGAAUCCCUCUCAAUUUCUGAUGCUGCGUGUCGUUCGUCGUUUGAAAUUUCGUCCCACAAUUACGCGUAGUAGCCCAGAAGAACGACAUAUCAGACUUGAAAUCAUCAACGGAAAGAAUCUUUGAGUCCCCUCCAGGCGCAUGCCCGCUGGCAUUUAUGUGUCCAUCGAUGUCGACUCGAGGAAACGCUGGAAAUCGGCUAUCAGGGUCUUAUCAUCCGAACAAUCAGUAGCGUGGGGGGAUACUGUGAUUCUAUCAUCACAUACCUCACCUGCAUUAUCAGCGGAAAUCAGGGCGUCCUAUGAGGUCGAUCGAAUGCUAGGCAGUGGAGAAGUGAUCGGAAAACUUCAAAUGUCGUGGGAUGAACUACUCAAUCAUGGAGGUCAGCCAUUCAAUAUAUCCUUCCCACCCGUGCGCGGUGUCCAUCCUUUCCUCACACUGAAGGUUGCCAUUAUACAUACUUCCGACAAUCAAAACGGCGCACUAUUUGAAUCCCUCGUAGACUACAAAAUUGCGCGAGACACAGAUGUGGGCCACGCACGAUUGGCCAAAUACGUGACGAGCAAGAAGGUCUCUCACCUGAACGAUGCUGUAGAGCGUUUUCAGUUAGUUCUGGACCGGUGUCCGGUCAGCCAUCUAGACCACGCAACAGCUCUUACCAAUCUUGCGUAUGCACGCCUUGAAGGCUAUAUCGAAAACCAUCGUGAGGACAUCAAUACCACCACUUCCCUCUUCCGCGACGCCCUUGCAUUGCGUCCGCAGCACCAUCCCGAUCAUCCCUUAUCUCUAUAUAAUCUCACCACAGCGCUGACUUGGCGCUACAAGAAGAAACUCGUCCUCGAGUUCUGUCCUCUGGGCCAUCAACUCCGUCCCAGUGCCCUUCACUGGCUUGCACAGGCCGUCGAAGCCCGCUUCCAACAGUGUGGCAGCAUUGAUGAUAUAGACGAGACUAUACAACUUUGUCGUGAAGCCGUUCGACUGUGCCCCGAGGGACAUGCUGACUACGAUACCUACCUGAUCAGCUUGUCCUUAUCACUCGUGUUCCGCUUUAAUCACCAAGGCAAAUGUAAUGACCUCGAUGAGGCCAUCUUUUUGCAAGAAGAAGCGCUGUACCUGCGCCCUGUUGGGAACGAAUCUUGGUAUUCGUCAUUGAACAACCUAGGGAGCACCCUCCUCACCCGUAGCGACAUAAGCGGCGAAAUUGAUGACAUCACCCGAGCUAUCAGCCUCUAUCGCGAGGCCCUGAUGUUGUGCCCACCUGGGCAUCCACACCGUGACACCACGCUUGGCAACCUGGCCAACGCGCUUGAAACCAGAUAUGAUAAAUCAGAUGUCAGCGACGAUCUUAACGAGGCCAUUGAUCUGUAUCGCGAAUCCCUUCGCUUAAUGCAGCUUGACGAUCCAAGGCGCCAUGUGAAUCUUUACAAUUUUAGCUCAGCGCUCUGCUCUCGUUUCACGCACACUCAGGUGAAUGAAGAUGUUGAGGAGGCCAUUACUUUCUGCCAACAAUCAUUGGCGGUUCUGCCUUCACUACACCCGGACAGGUGUUUCAGCUACGCGUGGCUGCGGACGGCCUGUUUAUCUCGUUACCAGAUUCUACACAACUCUGCUGAUUUAUCGCUCGCAAUGGAGAACUUCCGACGAAUGGCAUCCAGUCAUCCUAGUCAAGGAUUUCCUCGGCGUAUCAAAGAGGCUAUUGACUGGGCUCGCCAAGCAGAACUUCAUCAACAUCAAUCUGCCCUCGAAGCAUACCAGAUGUGCUUUGAGCUUUUCGACAGCCACGUGAUGACGCGAUCAUCGCUUAUAUCACGGCGUGAGGCUGCAACCGCUUUUCGUGAUGCACAAUCAUUUCCUGUAGAUGCAGCCUCAUGUGUCAUACGUUGUGGUAAUUUACAACAGGCAGUUGAACUUCUGGAGCAAGGUCGUGGCCAGCAAUGGUCACUGGCAUCUCGACUCAGGACUCCAGUUGCAGACCUCGAAUCAGCAAAUCCGAGACUGGCGCACAAUUAUUUGGAGCUGAGCAAGCACAUUUCCAAUUUCGCACAGAGUUCUGCAAUUAUCACCGACAGAGCUGCUGUUGAUCGGGCAGCAACAGAGUAUAGGAGACUUCUGAAGCAAUGGGAAGCUGCGGUAGCUGAGAUACGUGAUCUUCGAGCGUUCUCACGGUUCCUACUCCCACCUUCAUACAAAGACCUACAAGCAGCAGCACGCCAUGGCCCGGUCAUUAUCCUCAUUGCGAGUCAACACUUGUGCAGCGCCAUCAUUAUCCCGACGUCAGGAGACCCCCAUCAUGUUCCCUUUCCGUCUGUCACUCUCGCAGAUCUGAACAAUCUCAAUGAUCGCUUCACCAGGGCAAUACGACAAGCAUCUCGGAUGAAUCCAACUGAGCCGAGGACGGAUCUAAUAGUACUCUCGCGGAUAAUAUGGGACGAGAUCAUGUUUCCCAUUGUCAACGUACUCGAGCACGUCCUCAAACUAAAGCGCCACUCUCGAAUCUGGCUGUGUCCAACUGCAGCUUUCACGUCCAUUCCUCUCCACGCAGCUAACCCCUUUCAAACAAAGGCAGAUCGCUCCAAGGAGCCAUGCCCGGAGGAUCUCUACAUCUGUUCUUACGCACCAACACUUUCGGCUCUGAUCAGAUCUAGAAAGUUGAUGAAGAAGCGUAUGCCUCCAUCCUUUAUAGCGAUCGGACAAGGUCCACCAGGUGUAGGGAAAGGCAAGGUGCUAUUGGCUGUUGACAGGGAGCUCGAGCUUGUCCAUAAGCUCGUCCCUGCGACUGCCAACUGCACCACUAUUUCUGGCGACGCAGCCACACGAGCAGGUGCACUCAAAGCUUUCCAGCAGAACACCUGGAUGCACCUUGCCUGUCAUGCCAAGCAGGACCCCACGCAGCCUUACAAUUCUCAUUUCGUCAUGAGAGAUGAACAUCUCACGCUGCUCGGUAUCAUGGAGAGAGACAUUCCGCACGCCGAGUUCGCGUUCUUAUCCGGUUGUCAUACCGCCGUUGGCGAUAAGAAGACGCCCGACGAAGUCAUUCACCUCGCAGCUGGUCUCCAGUUUUCGGGGUUCAAGAGCGUCGUUAGCGCACUGUGGGAGGUCGACGAUGUUUUUUUUUUUUUUUUUUUUUUUUUUUAA